AUGUCGGACAUAGCUGAACACGCUUCCACCGUCCAACCCAUCUUGACCGCGACCGCCGGUCUUGGUGGUGGUGACACUGCGGAAAAGCAUGCGAUUUUCGCCGAGCAAGAGCGUCCCAAAAGACAUGCAAUGUCAUCGACUUGGCCGACCAAAGCGGGCCACGAAUGGGCAAUUCCCGAACGCUUGCUGGCGCUGAUGGGCGUGGCUUCGUUUUCGUCGCUCAAGACCCACGCCCCAAGCGCAGCGAUACCUGUCUAUCCUAAAGACGCACCCGUCCCCGUCUUUCCGCUCUGGAAGAUGCACCUUGUUGUCGCACCCAAAGCUGCCGCUCCGCUGAUCGCGCACGCUGCAUUCGAAUAUCUCACAGGCAUCACCGUCAGCAGAGGUGCAGCCAUGACUUUGUACAUGGUGAGCUUCGUGCUCAUAGGUAUUAGCUUUGUUUCUUGGUGCAACCGCACCGCUUUGCGAUUCGGUACAUUUGAUGCUCAGGCCGGCCGAGACGGUGUGCCCGAUGUCGAAACUUGGAAUGUGAUACGCGAGUUACUCUUCGUCGCCCUUAGCCGCUCUCUCGUCGGAGUCUACUUUCUCUACCGUCCGGGAGAGCCUCUGCUCACUCUGCGAAGCGUCGUGAUGUUCCCGCUUAACAUGUUUAUUUAUGCGGUAGUGUUGGACUUCUACUUUUACUGGUACCAUCGCAGUAUGCACGAGGUCGGCUUCCUAUGGCGCUUCCACCGCAAACACCACACGACCAAGCACCCCAAUGCUGCUCUCAGUGCAUUUGCCGAUCACGAACAGGAGUUAUUCGAUACUCUCGUUAUCCCAGCUCUUACAUGGUUCACCUGGCGCAUCGACUUUGCCACAUGGUUCGGCUCGACUGUCUACAUCCUGUACGUGGAGGUAUUCGGCCACUCGGGAAUACGCGCUUACUUCCAGAUUCCGACCACUUGGCCGCUCCGUUACCUCGGCUGCGAACUUUGCAUCGAGGAUCACGACCUCCACCACCGCUACGGCUGGAAGAAAUCCGGCAAUUACGGGAAACAAACUCGUCUCUGGGACGCGGUCUUUCGUACAUGCAAGCCCAGGAUCGAAUCGACCGAACAAAACAUCGACUGGGGCCUGUCAACCCCUCCUCCAUUGCCUACGCAUUCCACGUAG